AACCUCAACCCAAUAGUUUGCUUUUACAUGGAGCAUCCAUAGAACUUUGUAGAAGUUAAGAAUAUAAGGCGUGCUCAAACAAUAAGAUCUGAGUGGCACAGAUGGUAAUGAGAACAAAACAAGUUCUUUGGACUAAUUUUCAAAUAAUCACUGAUUUCCACGAACAGAUUGUAUCUGCCAUAAAUAAAUUCCAGUCAAUCUGCAGAGGUUGAACUUUAAGCAAAACAGAAAGAACUGGAGGAAAUUAACGUUAGUUCCGGGGAUGUUCCCACCCCAAGUUUAUCUCCUGCUGUACUAUAUAAGAGAUACUACACAAUGCUCAUAAGUUCAAUCCGUGUCCCGGAGUCCCCAGAGCAGAAAGAAGGAAGGCGAGAUCCAGCAAGAUGAUGAAACAGCUGCCCAUCUAUAACCCGGUAAUGCCCUUUAUUGGGAAAAUAGUGCGCGGACUUCAGGAUGGGAAGAUAGUGAUAAUUCAAGGACAAGUGCCAGAAAAAGCUAUAAGAUUUGAAGUGAACUUUGUGUGCAGCAACUCCAAACAUUUGGACAUUGCUUUUCACUUCAACGUGCGUUACGAUCAAUCCACCGUGGUCUGCAACACACUGGAGAAUUACAAUUGGGGAACUGAAGAGAUAAAGCACCAGAUUCCCAUCAAUGCCAGAUCCUACUUUGAACUCAUCAUUAAAACAUGCAAUGAUCAUUUCCAGGUCUCUGUGGACGGGCAGCAUUUCCUGGAGUACAAACACAGGUUGCCCAUGAUGAGUGUCGGCACCCUGAAUGUUACCGGAGAUGUUCAUGUGAAUGCCAUCACCUUCAAAGAACCAGACAGCACACCUGCCCCAGUGACUGUGUCUAAUCCAGUUGUUCCGUACAAGGCCUAUAUCGGAGCCAUCCGUCCACAGCAGCUGAUAAAGAUUGUUGGGACUGUGAACACCAAUGCUACCAGGUUUUCCAUUAAUCUGAUGACGAGCUGCUGGGAUAACAUUGCCCUGCACAUCGAUCAAAGAUUCAAUGAAAAUGCCGUGGUGCGGAACAGCAGAAUCCAGCAGGAAUGGGGUACAGAGGAGCGAGCUUUGCCCUUCCUCCCAUUUGUGCCUGGCCAGACGUUUGAGAUGCAGAUCAUGGUUCAAUCAAGCUGCUACGCAGUCUCUGUCAAUGGAAGGCACCUCUUCAACUACAACCACAGGCUGGAGCCCCUGAACCAGAUUAAUAAACUGGAAGUCCUUGAUGAUGUCAGCCUUUCUUUUGUGCAGUACUAAUGUUUUGAAGUAAACAAUCUGCUUUAUCCAGAAAACAAAAUCAGCAUAAUCUUCCCAAAUUCUCAUUUUUAACCCUCUACUUAUUUGGUGAUCAAUCCUCUAGAUUGCUUAUUGCAUCUGAACCAAUCAGAAUAAUGUAGCAUCAUUAACCCCAGCUUACUGUAUACUUUAUAUUAACACCCACUUCCUACAUUAAGUAGUCUUGGAAGCGGUAGUGAUGAACUAACAACCUGCUGUACCGCUCUGCUAUAUGUUAUAAUUAAAGAUGACUUAAACUCAAGAUCCGUGGUCUUUCCAUCAUUUACAAAUCCAUAGUUGAACAUCCAUUUCACAUCAAUCAACGCAUGGGUGAAGGUGAGGAAAUGUAUAAUAAAAUUGCUCAAAUGAUAAGUUCUUGUGUUAAGUUGCAAGAGGAGAGCUUGGAGUUGGGGCUUUCAGAAAUACAUGCCUCCACAAAGAAAUAAAGAACAAAGAACACACACACAGGAGAACAGAUGGCUUAUCAUAACAUGGAAAGGUUGAUCUGAAUAGGCAUAUCUUUAUUUAUUGCUUUGAAGCAAUAAUCAUGCUGUGAGAAGUAACAGUUGGUUUAGGUUGGUGUUUAUAAUAGAGGUUGUUAAUAGUGCGGGUGACACAGGGCCCUCAGUAGGAAAUAGAGUCAUGCAGCGCAACAACUGCCCCUGCAGCCCAAUUCAUCCAUGCCAAGACUGUGCAUGAGUGUGCAUUCACCCUAUCUAUUCCCCCUCGUAAUUUUACACACCUGCAAGAUCAACCCAACUUUCUACACUCCAAGGAAUAAAGUCCUAGCCUGACUAAUACCUUCCUAUAGCUCAGGUCCUCAUAUCCUGGCUAUAUUCUUGUAAACCUUUGCUGAAUACUUUCCAGUUCAGGCCAAAGGCUUUUCUGACAAGAGAUUUAAGUGAUAUCCCACAAAGACAAAACUCUCUGGCUGUUGCCUUGUGUUCGCAGCCAGGGGAAAGUUCUGUAUGAUUCUAAGGUCCAUCAAAACUGAACUCAGUGCAAUGGUUACAGUAAAUGCUGUUGAAUUCCCCACUAAAUAUUUAAUUAACUCAGUCCCAACAGUGUAGAAGGGGACUGGGACUUGCUUUUAUUAUCUUUGAGAGAUCAUUUUGGUGAGUUUGCAAGCCAUUACUCCAUUACAGGAAACAGACCUAAUGAUGGAUAGGACAGUCAAAGAGGGUAUAGACUAAAGAUAAGAGGGGAGAAUUUUAAAGGUGAUCUGAGAGACAUGUUUUUCCACAGAGGAUCGGUGAUUACCUGGAAUGAGCUGCCAGAGCAGUUAGUAGCGGUAGAUGCAAUUACAAUGUUUAAGAGAAAUUUGGACAGGAAAGUUGAGGAUUAUGAGCCUAAUGGAGGUAAAUAGAAUUAUAGAUAGGCAUAACGGUGGUAUGGAUGCGGUGGAUUGAAGAGUUUAUUUCUGCUCUUCAUGAUUCUAUGAAUAUUUGUUCUAUCGCAACUUGUUUCAGUGAUUGCAUCAACAUCCCAAGUUCAUGAAACAUGCAUGGUCAGCUGUUGAGAUAUUUGACCAUCAAGAAACACAUUAUUAACCACGUUCAGCAUCUUUGACAUUCUAUUAUCACAAGAAUUGCUGAUUAGUUGCUUAGAAAAGUUUUAACACCCCUGCCAUGGCUACCUGGAAUAAUAAAAGAAACUGACCGGAGUAUCAAAACAAAAUCAAAGAA